AUGGGGCGAAAUCGAACUUGGGCCAAGACUUUCAAAUGUCAACAGUGCGGUGCACGGCAUUUUGGGUUGCAAGGUGCAGCUGGGAUCGCAUUAGUCGUCCGCAACGCCAGACUCCCAGGAAACCCAGCAACUCACAUCAUACUGCAGUUCCGCAGGGACACAAGGAGCUGGGCCCUCCCCGGGGGGGUCUUGGACUACGGAGAGACGCCCAAGCAGGCCGCCCUCCGCGAGGCGGAGGAGGAAAUAUCCCUACCUCGCAACGCCGACGAGGGCAACGACCCGCUCAUCACGAUUCGGCAGCAGGCUGCGCUGUUUGACCACGGCCAAUGGCGGUACACGACCUUCAUCGCCGACGUGAACAGGCGCUUCCUGCCCAAACGGCCCCCGCAGGACACCGAGGGCAUCGCGGUCGCGUGGGCGCCCAUUGAUGAGGUUGGCGUUCAAGGUGGGAGGUUUUUCCCGCUGCAUCCUGCGUUCUGGAACGACUGGGAGAAGCUUCGCGAUAUGAUCCGGGCGAUGGAUGGGCCGGCUCCAGUUGCCCAACCUGUCCCACCUGUCCCACCUGUCCAACCUGUUCAGCCCCAACCUGUUCAGCCUCAACCUGUUCAGCCUCAACCUGUUCAGCCUCAACCUGUUCAAGUUCAGCCUGUCCAGCCUGUUCAGCCUGCCGACCCGCCUGCCAACCCAGAUGUCCAGCUUGGGAAUGAUCUUGCCCAGUUGACCCUUGGUUUCCCGGUGACGACCCCAGGGGCACAACAACCAGCAACUCGCAGGCCCCCGGUGAAUCCUGGCUGGAGGCCAGCGGAUCGUAUCACCCCGCCACCAGCACCUCCCAACGUCCCGCCGACUCUCGGUUUCCCCAAGACAGCUCCGGGUCCCCCGCCAGGCCGAAAUGUCCAAGCAACCGAUCCCGGCCGUGGUGUUAACCCUAUGCCCCCGGCGCCAGUACCACCUCUUCCUCCUGUCACAGCCCCGGCUGACACGUGGAGACCGCCCGUGGUCCAGUCUGGUAUCAUGAUCCUAGAUGACAGUGACGAUGGCUCCGAGGAGGAUUGGCGCACACCUCAAGCCCCAGGGCCGCCUCAGGUCCCGGGCCCAGCUCAGGCUCCAGGCUUUGCUAAGGUCCCAGGCCCAGCUCAGGUCCCAGGGCCGCUUCAGUUCCCAACGCCACCUCAGGACCCGGGCCCAGCUCAGCUCCCAACGCCGCCUCAGGACCCAACGCCUCCUCACGUCCCAGGCCCGGCUCAUGCCGGACCAUCUACACAUGUCGGGAGUAACAAUGGUACUUUCUUCGUGAACUCACAAGGGCCGCCUGACCCGAGCUUUGCCCCCGGGAAGAUACGCUACAUGACUUGGACUCAACAAACCGCGCCAGAUGGGCAGUGCAGACCGAGCUAG